AUGUCCACUGCUAUAAAACGUGAAGCGGAGGACUCUCCUAUCCAGCCAAAGCCAAAGAAAAGCAAAAAGAGAAAGGCGAAUGCACCAGAUGAUGAACUUCUCGACACUGAGCUUGGUCUCAACACGCUCUUCACCAAGAUGGACAACCAACUCCUGGCCGAUCAUCUUGCCCAGAAAUUGGGUCGCUUCGGCACUGACUUGAGCGCUGUUGAGAUUUCCGAUAUGACUGUAUCAGCCAACGCGAUUCAAGAUACCACCUCAUGGCAAGAGUCAAGAACGCUGGAUAAGUUUCCCGAAUUCCUGGAGAAGGUGUCAGAGGACCCCGAAGAUUUAAAGAAAGCGCCCAAGAAGAAGGGGUCGCCCCAUACCCUCAUUGUUGCAGGAGCAGGUUUGAGAGCUGCAGAUAUUGUCAGGUCGAUGCGCAAGUUUCAAAGCAAAGAGAAUUCAGUCGCGAAAUUGUUCGCCAAGCAUAUGAAAGUUGAGGAGCAAGUCAAGUUCCUCCAGAACCACAAAACUGGCAUUUGUGUCGGUACACCUGCCCGACUUAUGGAUCUCAUUGACAACGGCGCACUCUCCUUGGAUAACUUGAAGCGGCUAGUCGUUGAUGCUUCACAUAUCGACCAGAAGAAGCGAGGUGUGAUGGACAUGAAGGAUACUAUGAUGCCUCUAGCUCGCUUUUUGUCAAGAAAAGAGUUCAAGGACCGAUACGGCGACGAGAAGAAGCCGUUGGCUUUGUUGUUCUAUUAG